UCCGAACCGAUGCUAUCGUUGUCCUCGUCCUUUAUCCACUCCGCCGUUGUUGCGCGCAGAUAGUUCCUGAGAAGGCGUUGGUUCCUCCGUCGGAUUAUCCAAGCUUCCAUUUCACUUUCUGGAUUCACUAUCGGAAGUUCGAGUAGAGAAAUGGAUAAUGAAUUGAAGCCGAUGGACGCCGAGCAACUCAGAGAGCAUGCUCAUAAAAUGGUGGAUUUUAUUGCUGAUUAUUACAAAACCAUCGAGGAUUUCCCCGUGCUCAGCCAAGUACAGCCCGGUUAUCUUCGAAAUCUUCUACCAGAAUCUGCACCUCGUAAUCCAGAAUCUCUUCAAAGUGUUCUUGAUGAUGUUCAGAAAAAGAUUUUUCCGGGUGUAACACAUUGGCAGAGUCCCAGCUACUUCGCUUAUUAUCCUUCCAACAGCAGCAUUGCUGGAUUUCUUGGGGAAAUGCUCAGUGCAGCUUUUAACGUUAUCGGUUUUAGUUGGAUAACUUCUCCAGCUGCUACAGAACUUGAGAUGAUAGUUCUUGAUUGGCUUGCCAAAUUACUUCAGCUGCCUGAUGACUUUCUCUCAUCAGGAAAAGGUGGGGGAGUAAUACAGGGUACUGCCAGUGAAGCUGUUUUAGUUGUGCUACUGGCGGCCCGUGAUCGAGCUCUGAGAAGAUUUGGAAAAGAUUCCCUUAAAAAAUUAGUGGUUUAUGCUUCUGAUCAAACGCAUUCUGCUUUACAAAAAGCAUGCCAGAUUGGAGGCAUUCAUCCUGAGAAUUGCAGAUUGUUGAAAGCAGAUUUUUCUACCAAUUAUGCCCUUUCUCCAGAUGUUCUUUCUGAAGAACUUUCACACGACACAGCCAGUGGAUUAAUUCCAUUUUUCUUAUGUGCUACAGUUGGCACUACAUCAUCAACAGCCGUAGACCCUCUCCCUGAACUAGGAAAUAUUGCUAAGAGUUAUGAAAUGUGGUUUCACAUCGAUGCUGCUUAUGCUGGAAGUGCAUGUAUAUGUCCCGAAUAUCGACAGUACAUUAACGGUGUUGAAGAAGCUAACUCAUUCAAUAUGAAUCUUCAUAAAUGGUUCUUGACGAACUUUGAUUGUUCAACGCUGUGGGUCAAGGACAGACAUGCCUUGAUCCAGUCACUUUCUACCAAUCCUGAGUUCUUGAAGAACAAAGCCUCUCAAACAGAAAUGGUUGUGGAUUACAAAGAUUGGCAAAUUCCACUUGGGCGCCGUUUUAGAUCAUUGAAGGUCUGGAUGGUGUUACGACUGUAUGGUAUAGAAAACCUUCAAAAAUACAUAAGAAACCAUAUCAAGUUGGCUGAACAUUUUGAAGCGCUUGUAUGUAAAGAUCCAAGGUUUGAGAUUGUUACACCAAGGAUAUUCGCUCUAGUAUGUUUUCGCCUUCUUCCUCGCAAAAAUGAAGAUGGUGGCAACAAACUAAACCAAAACCUAUUAGAUGCUGUAAAUGCUAGUGGAAAUAUGUUCAUUUCUCACACGGUUUUAUCAGGAAAAUACAUCCUUCGAUUUGCAGUAGGGGCGCCAUUGACAGAGGAAAACCAUAUUAAUGCUGCUUGGAAGUUACUGCAAGCCGAGGCUUCCGCUUUGCUUGCAAAUUGAAACGUCGCUACUCCUUACGGGUGUCCAACAUCAACGCUACUAGAGAACGUUCACCUGACCAGAAAGGGGCCCAGGAGGUGUGCGAACCAACUGGUAGCUCCAUACUCGCACAUGUGGACCAUGUGUGAAAAUUAAUUACACAUCCAAGUAGUCCAUUAUAAUAGCCACCGUAGGAAAAUAGA